AUGGCCAAGACCGGGGAUCUGAAAACGUUCCUAGAGUCUUCACUGAAUGAGAUUUUUAAAGCCACGGUGAGCGACAUCCUGGACUCAGUCGACCGGACACUGUCCGAGUACCAGGGCACAAUACAAAGGAUCGAGUCUGAAAACGAGGGCCUGAAGCGGCUGCUUUUUGCACAGACGAGCACAGAGUCUGCACCUGGAGAUCUACAUGAAGAAGAGGCCACUGAAAACUUCUCAGGUGCAGAAUGGGGGAGUCAUCCCAAUGGUAUGUUCAAGGUGUCCAUAUGCAGCAGUGACAAGAAGAGCGUCAAGAGGAAGAGCAAAGAAAAGAUGAGGGGGGAGUUGCCACCUUCAACCCUUUUUCUGCAGACUAACCACACAGUACAGCAUCUGUGUGUGAACUCAACAGAUAUGGAAACUGGGAUAUCCAUAAAAUCAGAUAUGGAUGAAAGCCAGGCUAUUGAUCUCUCUCAGGCGUCAGUGCUUCUGAAUAUGACAAUGAAGCCAAUAAAAAAUGAGAGCACAGAGGUCAGGUGUGACAGUCGUGAUGAAUACGCACAUCAGCAGCCAUCCCCGGGGCCCAGGCAUGAGUACGGUGGUGAUGAAGGCGAUGUUAAAGUCACCAUUGUUUCAGAUCAAUACAUGCAGGAUGGUCAGUUCAUAAAGACUGAGGAAGAGGAGCAGAAUGGGGACAGUUUCCACCAGCAUGAACUGAAGUAUGCGUCAAAAAAUUACCCAGAAGCAGAGGGGGAUUCAGCGGUGGGGACGAGGCAUGUGUCUGAGCCAGAAGCAGUGACCCCUAAAGGAGACGAUUUACCUGCUGUUCCUGUAGAGGAGUUUUUAGAAGUUUGUGACAACUUUUUGCGUUGUCCCACCUGUCCCAAAACGUUUAGUCGAGCGACCUCGCUCAACAUUCACAUCAAGACCCACAGCGGCGAGAAGGCUCACAGCUGCAGCUACUGCGGAAAAUGCUUCAGCCGGGCCGACCUCCUCAAAGCCCACAAGCGCACUCACACGGGAGAAAGACCCUACAGCUGCAAUCUGUGCAGUAAAACCUACGCUCACCCCAGCCAGCUCCGGAUACACAAACGCAUCCACACCGGAGAGAAGCCAUAUUGUUGCUCGCAUUGCGGGAAGCGCUUCAACGAACACAACCAGCUGAAAGUCCACCUGCGGACCCACACCGGGGAGAGGCCAUACGGCUGCCAGGAGUGUGGCAAAACAUUCAGCAACGCGGGAAACCUGCGCAUCCACGAGCGGAUCCACACCGGUGAGAAGCCGUAUUGCUGCGCCCAGUGUGGUAAAAGGUUCAAUGGCCUGGGUGACCUGAAAACACAUUACAGGAUCCACACUGGAGAGAGGCCGUACAGCUGCGAGCUGUGCAAGAAGACCUUCAGCCAGGCGGGCCACCUCACCAUCCACAUGCGGAUGCACACGGGGGAAAGACCGUACAGCUGCAACGAGUGCGGCAAGAAGUUUACAGUGGCCAGCAGCCUUAAAUUGCACCAGAGGACUCACACGGGUGAGAAGGAGUACAGCUGCUCAUACUGUAGCAAGAACUUUAGCAGGUCCGGUCACCUGAAGAGACAUGAGCUGGUCCACACCAAGGAGAAGAUCUUCCUCUGUAGUCAGUGCGGGAAGACCUACACUGACCAGUCCUCCCUGAAGAAGCACCUGAAGAUGCACGUAACAAAAGAGCAGGAGGCUCAGAGUGAAGGAGACACGUGUCGGGCUGAAAGGAACUCGGACCGACCCGCAGCCUCAGAGAUGCUUUCAGACACUCUUAGAAAUUAAAACUGUAGGAGGUGAGUCAUUUAAAAACUGACAAUGAGUGCUGUAUGUGACUGUAGUCAAUGCGAUAAUGGUACACUUACAAGCUUUUUUAGGGCUUUUUAAGCACAUCUAGCUGCCUACUUCUGCAGACGGAGUUUGAGUGUACUACAUGUAAAUGAGGUGCAUGAGCUGUCACCUUUUAUAUCUCAGCUUAGGGGGAAUUCCAGUGAAAGGAUGUGAGACAAGACGCUGAGUAAGUGGCGGAUUUCUAACUUGAUCAGAAAGCAGAAAAAAAACUUGCAUUUACAUAAGCAACAGAGCCAGUUGUGACUUCAGGUGCCAAAGUCGUCUAGAGCCACUAAGCACAAACUCCUAAUGUAAAUGCUGUACUGCUAGUGUCUCAUAAAUUCUCCAUCUAUUGAAAAAACAAAAUCCAGUUCAGGGUUGCAAGGGCGCUGGUCACGACUCCAUCACUUGGCUUAUCAUAAUUAAAAAACUUAAAAUGUAAUAGAAAAUAAAAGCCAAACUAUCCGGCCUGCAGAUUUGAACACACCGCCCUCUCUAGGAUCAUAUAUGUUGGCCAUAUAUGAAUGCUUAUAAAACAAUAAUAUUGUUACAUUGUCAUAAUAUGGUUGUAAUAAAGGAAAAAAUGUGCAUAUAAUAAUCUUAUAGUAUUUCUUACUGGUGCUUGUCACAUAAAUAUAAAGAUUUUAGAUGCUCUUUAAAAACUACAAACAUUCUUAGUGUCGUUGCACUGAGGGAUCUUCCAGGAUUGUUGAUCCGGUUUUCCAGAGAGCUGAUUGGUCAGUGGAGUUUGAUCUGAAAGAUUAUUCCCUCUGGAGUUACCGUAGUGAUAAACCCCCAGUGAUAUACCCCCGUUAACCACGUGUUUCAGCAUGAACCCCGUUAAUGCUAAAACACAGGGUUAAUCCUGAAGUUACCUUGAUAAGCCCAAAUCCUGCUUCAUUGUAUGAACCUCUAAAGCCUCAUCUGCAGAAAAAAAAUCUAUCAUUUAAUUCUGGCAUGAAAACAACAGACUGAAGGUUUCUUCACAGUACAGCAAGUACUGAGAGCUGUGGUUAAAAGCUCUAAAAAGCCUGUAAGUGGAACUGAAGU